AUGUUUUUAAAACCAGUAAACAGACAAGUGGUUUUUGCAUCCACUCAAAUUCGCCAUUAUGCCACCAAACAACAAGCCCAAUCUUCAAUAAGACAAUGGGCUACAGAGCACUCACCAAAGUUUGUCACGGAGUUGAAAAACCAAACGACACAAGCAGCCUCAAUAUUGAAUAAGAAAACUGGAGAGUUUCUUGCAGAAGGAAUUGACGUGGCACAGCAUUUGAAACAUCAUAGUGAUGCUAUUCAUAAGGUGCGUGUAGCUGAGCGUGGGUACAAGAACUUAAAGGAUAAAGGAGAGAAGGUUGAAAGUGAGCAGUGUCGUCCUGAUGAUGGAUUGUGA